AUGGCAAUAGCCAUGGCCUGGCAUAAACCCGACAAUGUUGCUGGCUCGUCAGCACCGGCCAUCAUGGUCGGGCUGUUCGUUGCUUGCGGUGGACUUCUGUUCGGCUAUGACACGGGGACCAUAUCGGGGAUACUGGCUAUGACAGCUUUUCGAGAGCAGUUCUCGACAGGAUACACCGACCCAAAAGAUCACAGGCCGAACGUUUCGCCUGCCCAGUCAUCUCAGAUUGUGUCGAUAUUAAGCGCAGGAACAUUCUUCGGAGCACUUCUAGCAGCCCCCUUGGGCGAUAGACUCGGUCGGCGUGUGUCUCUUAUUAUAGCGGUGGCUAUAUUCUCCUUUGGUGUUCUGUUGCAGACCCUUGCGAUGCAUAUUCCGAUUCUGAUUAGUGGAAGGUUUGUCGCAGGCCUCGGUGUUGGAGUUGUAUCGGUUCUUGUUCCACUUUACCAGUCCGAGAUGGCCCCAAAAUGGAUUCGAGGCACUCUAGUUUGCGCAUAUCAAUUGGCAAUCACGACUGGCCUCCUUCUCGCAGCAAUCGUCAACAUCUUAACCGAGAGCAGGGAUGACAUCAAUGCCUUUCGAAUACCUCUUGCGAUGCAAUUCGUCUGGGCUGGCAUCCUCCUCCUUGGACUCAUUCUCUUACCAGAGACACCACGUUAUCUCAUCAAGCGGAAUCGUCACACCGCUGCGGCAUUGUCCCUUAGUCGUCUCCGGCGACUCGAUAUAACUCAUCCCGCCUUGAUUGAAGAACUCGCUGAGAUCGAAGCUAACCACGAAUAUGAACUCAGUCUUGGUCCUUCACAAUAUCGCGAUGUAUUUUUAGGCUCGCCCCAUCUUGGUCGACGCAUUUUGACGGGGUGUGGGUUGCAGAUGUUGCAACAACUCUGCGGGUGCAACUUUAUCUUCUAUUACGGAACUACCUUCUUUGAACGCAUUAACAUCAGGAACCCAUUCGUGAUCCAACUCAUCACCAACAUUGUAAAUGUUGUCUCUACUCUACCUGGCAUGGUCCUCGUCGAAUCCUUGGGACGACGCCGCCUUCUUAUGAUCGGAGCUUCCGGCAUGGCUGUCUCCCAACUCAUCGUCGCUUCCGUCGGCACAGCUCUUCCAGACUCUUAUGUAGCGAAUGUGGUCCUUAUUGCCUUCGUCUGUUGCUACCUGUUCUUCUUCGCUGCCUCCUGGGGACCCGUGGUCUGGGUCGUGACUUCAGAGAUCUACCCCUUAAAGGUCCGAGCGAAAUCGAUGUCUAUCUCCACAGCCUCAAAUUGGCUGCUCAACUUCGGCAUCGCCUAUGGCACACCUUAUCUUGUGGGAGACUCACCCGGGUUAAACCUGCAAGCAAAGGUCUUCUUUGUUUGGGGAGCUUUCUGCGUCAUCUCACUCGCCUUCGUCUGGUGUAUGGUGUACGAGACGAGCAAGAUCAGUCUUGAACAAAUCGACGAGAUGUACGAGAGAGUCGACCAUGCCUGGAACAGCAAAUCGUUCCAGCCUAGUUGGAGUUUCCAGGAGAUGAGGGACGAAGGAGGUUCAACGAGUGGGAUCCAACUUACAGAGCACGAAGAUGCUCGGCGGCGGACGGGCACGAGUGCCAGUGCAGCGGAGAGCGGCACAACUAUGACCGAAGAAGACAAGAUCAUAGCGCAACUCGGCGACGUUGACAUGAGCUAUUAA